AUGAGAUUGUCCACUCAAACAUUGACUUUGAUCCUUUGCGCCUCUGCUUUCGCCAAGGUGCAAAAUGAGGAAGAGAGAGCAAACAUCAAAAGAGGUGCAAUUGAACAGAACCCAGCUGCUCAAGCUGAAGACUUCGCCAAAAGAGGCCUCUUUGAUUGGCUCACUGGUGGAGGCUCCAACGACAACACCGGCAACGCCGGCAACACCGACAACAGCGACAACGCUGCAAGCUCUGCUGCUGCCGCCUCUCCAGCGUCUUCCAACGCUGCUGCUGCCGCUGCUCCUGCUUCUUCUGUGAGCCCUUCAAGCUCGGUCGCUACCUCAUCUCCAGCUUCUGCCGCUGUUGCUGCUGCCGACUCCUCCACUGCACAACAAGACACCAGCUCUAGGGAAAGCUCUGCCACUGCUGCCACAUCCUCCCAGAAGGGAUUCUUGGAUGGUUUGUUCGGCAACAACGACAGCACAGCUUCUGACUCGUCCUCCAGCGCCCAAGCCUCUUCUUCUGCUGAAGGCAGCAGCUCCGAGAGCUCUUCUUCCUCAUCUAAAGCACGUCUCUUUGCAGCUGCUUCUUCUGAAGCUGCCUCUUCAGAGGCUGACGAGGAUGAGGAUUGUGAGACAAUCGAUACCGAUCUCCCCGGUCCAAAAGAAACUCCAACACCAAACCCAGGUAAUACCUCCUCGAGAGCCACUGCUUCUCCAAGUGGAAACUCUGAAAGCUCCAACAGCAAUAGUGCUUCUGCUCUGAAAUCAAACUCCAACCUGAAUCCAUCCUCUUCCAGUGAAGGAAACUGGUGGGAUGAUAUCUUUGGCCCAGGAAAUACCACCACCGCUAGUUCAGGAUCUGCCUCUGCCUCUGGCUCUGCCUCUGGCUCUGCCUCUGGCUCUGCAUCGGGCUCUGCGUCAGACUCUGCUUCUGCAACCUCCUCUGAUGCCGCUGGUGAUGAGGAUGAUUGUUCCGAGGAGCCAAUUCCUUCAACACCAGGUGCUGGCACCAAAACAACAGGUGGAGGAGCCACCACUACAAACGGUCCUUCAUCUGGGUCAAACGGUGCCUCUUCCAACAGCGGCAGUGCAUCAAGAACCACUUCCGGUAACUCAAGCGCUUCGAAUGGCGGUGACGAUGAGGAUUGUGAGACUGAAUCAAUUCCUGACUUUACCCCUACCAACACAGGUAAGCCUACCACUACAACGUCAGGUGCCUCUUCUGCUGGAAGCUCUUCUCUGUCGAAAGGCACCCCAAUCACCACGCAGUUGACCACCGAAACCGUUGGCGGCCUGACCACAACUUUCUGGACUACGUUGCCUGGCUCCACCACCAAGACUCACACUUCUUUGGAGAAGGUUACCACUUCCGAUGUUCUUGGAAUCAAGACCACUAUCACCAAAGCCGGCCAGUACACAAGUACUUCUGGCGCUGCUGUUUGGAUCUGUGACGACGAGGACGAAUGGACUACUACCGACAUUAUUGGAGGCGGCGGUAACGGCGGCUCCGGUAACGGUGGCUCAGGUUCAGGUGGUUCCGGUAACGGUGGCUCAGGUUCGGGUGGCUCAGGAUCUGGUGGCUCAGGAUCCGGCUCUGGAGGAUCCGGCUCUGGAUCUUCUCCAGGUACUGGCUCAGGAUCCGGUGGUUCUGGUUCUGGUUCUGGUGGUUAUGGCUCUUGCGCUGAUGUCAACUGUGACAAUGUUGACUGUGGAGACGCUGACUACGACUUCUGGGACAGUGAAGACGAGGACGACGAGUGUGAAGAGACUGGUGGAUCCGGAAAUGGCGGAUCUGGAAACGGUGGAUCUGGAAACGGUGGAUCCGGCAACGGUGGCAACGGUGGAGGCGCUAAGACAGUUGUUUCUACUUUUACUACCAGACGUCCUUACACUACCACAAAAGCUGGCCAGGUGAUCACUGGUACUACCGACGAGACUGUUGUUUCUACCUAUAAGACAACUGAGGUUGGUGUGGGAACAAAGACUCAUAUCAGCACCACCACGGAGGAAUGUGAGGACCAAGACGACGAUUUCUGGGACCAGAUGGAGGGCAAGUCUACCAAGUCCUCCUCCAGCGCCAAGGACACCGCUACAAGUAGCAAGGCUUCUUCUAGCGCCUCGGGCACUAACUCUGCUUCCAAGUCAAGCUCUGCUUCUAGCUCCAGCGCACCCUCUUCCAGCUCUGCUCCAAGCUCCAGCUCAGCUGCCGACUCUAGUACCGCUUCUUCAUCUACACCAGCCUCUUCAUCCUCCGAAACUGCUUCUAGCUCGGAGUCUUCUUCAUCUGCCUCGUCAACCCUGACUGGCGGCUUCUUGUCAGGCUUGUUUGACAAGAGAGAGCAGGUUCAGGCUCGCUCUGGAAGUGAGAAAUUGCUUCCUGGCGCUGCAUGCUUGAUGCUUGCAGUGCUUGCGGUUGCAUUGUAA